GGACGUCCGUGUUCCUGUUCGGUGGCCGCAGCGCCAGGCGCCUGCGAAGGGUUGUUGUGCGCGAAAGGACCUUACGGCUGUGCUGCUUCCGAGGCUUUCGGCUUGUUCAGAGGAAGAGGGCGAACGAAGAGAAUCCGCGGCGGCUGGUCCUUGGCGACUCUCCCGCUGCGUCCCGCACGACGCACCCGCCGCGGUUGUUGGCUGGAGCGUUUGACCCUGGGCAGCAAAGAAAUGGUUAUGGAGAAGCCCAGCCCGCUGCUGGUGGGGCGGGAGUUCGUGAGGCAGUAUUAUACUUUGCUGAAUAAAGCACCAGAAUACUUACACAGGUUUUAUGGCAGGAAUUCUUCCUAUGUUCAUGGAGGAGUGGAUGCCAGUGGAAAGCCCCAGGAAGCUGUUUAUGGCCAAAAUGACAUACACCACAAAGUGUUAUCUCUGAACUUCAGUGAAUGCCAUACAAAGAUCCGCCAUGUGGAUGCACAUGCCACCUUGAGUGACGGAGUUGUUGUCCAAGUCAUGGGCCUGCUGUCUAAUAGUGGGCAGCCAGAAAGGAAAUUCAUGCAGACUUUUGUUUUGGCUCCAGAAGGGUCUGUUCCAAAUAAAUUUUAUGUUCACAAUGAUAUGUUUCGUUAUGAAGAUGAAGUAUUUGGUGAUUCUGAACCAGAACUUGAUGAAGAAUCAGAAGAUGAAGUGGAAGAGGAGCAAGAAGAAAGACAACCAUCUCCUGAACCUGUGCAAGAAAAUGCUAAUAGUGGUUACUAUGAAGCUCACCCUGUGACUAACGGCAUAGAAGAGCCUUUGGAAGAAUCCUCUCAUGAACCUGAACCUGAGCCCGAAUCUGAAACAAAGACUGAAGAGUUGAAACCACAAGUGGAGGAGAAGAAUUUAGAAGAACUGGAGGAGAAGUCUACUACUCCUCCCCCUGCAGAGCCUGUUUCUCUGCCCCAAGAACCACCAAAGGCUUUCUCCUGGGCUUCAGUGACCAGUAAAAACCUGCCUCCUAGUGGUACUGUUUCUUCCUCUGGAAUUCCACCCCAUGUUAAAGCACCAGUCUCACAGCCAAGAGUUGAAGCUAAGCCAGAAGUUCAGUCUCAGCCACCACGUGUGCGUGAACAACGCCCUAGAGAGCGACCUGGUUUCCCUCCUAGAGGACCAAGACCAGGCAGGGGAGAUAUGGAACAGAAUGACUCUGACAACCGUAGAAUAAUUCGCUACCCAGACAGUCAUCAGCUUUUUGUUGGUAACUUGCCACAUGAUAUUGAUGAAAAUGAACUGAAAGAGUUCUUUAUGAGUUUUGGAAACGUUGUGGAACUUCGCAUCAAUACCAAGGGUGUUGGGGGAAAGCUUCCAAAUUUUGGUUUUGUGGUUUUUGAUGACUCUGAACCAGUUCAGAGAAUCUUAAUUGCAAAACCAAUUAUGUUCCGAGGAGAAGUGCGUUUAAAUGUAGAAGAGAAAAAAACGAGAGCUGCAAGAGAGCGAGAAACCAGAGGUGGUGGUGAUGAUCGCAGAGAUAUCAGGCGCAACGACCGGGGUCCUGGUGGCCCACGUGGCCUCGUGGGCGGUGGGAUGAUGCGUGACCGAGAUGGAAGAGGGCCUCCUCCAAGAGGUGGCAUGGCACAGAAACUGGGCUCCGGAAGAGGCGCUGGGCAGAUGGAAGGCCGCUUCACAGGACAGCGGCGCUGAAGUCACUGCAGGCCAAGUCUCUGCAGUGGUGCAUUCUUCAUCGUGUUUGCAUUCUGUUAAUUUUUUUUUGGCUUUGGAAUGUGACACAGCCUUUUUGAUCAUUUCUUUGAUGUGAAAAGCAUCUUUGGUUAUCAGUUAAAUUGAGGUGGACAUGAUUUCCCCAAUUUCACAACAGGAAUCACAUUGUUAAUUUAUAAAUCUAGACUUGGUGAAUUAAGGACUGAGAGAUGACCAUACCUUAAUCUACAACAAAAUGAACUUAAAAGGACAUGUCCUCUGAAUUCAGGUCCUUUGAGUAAAAAAAAAAAAAAAAAAAUCCUCUGCUGCACAUUUUGUUUUAAGUGUUACUGUUUCUGCCUGUUAAUGUUGGAAACACAAAUAGUGCAAUUUGUGCAAUUGGAGAAUCUUGCCUUUUUUCUUGGCUCCCCCCAAAAGUACAAACCAACCGAAACUUGUGCACUCAUCAAAAUGCACUAUUGGGUACUCUGAACUCAUUAACAUUGACAUCUGCAACAGGAGGCAACAGGGAAAAAAAUCUUUUCAUCUUUUUUUCCAGUAGAGAAUAGCUUGUGAAAUGAUGAGGGCAUUUUAUCUGCUUGCUGUGACCAGCGUGUGUACACAUAAACCUUAACAAGACUACAGAUAUAUUCCAGAAGGAAAUAAUUUAGUUAUGAACUAAAUAACAAAAAUCAGAACUUCAAAUCUUACGGUCUUAAAUAUUAGACCAGAUUUAGUAGCUUCAUAUCAUAAGAGUUUUCUACCUGCCCCUCUUGAGUACAGGGAUGGCUGGCUGCUCAACACACUCCUCCCCUUUUCCUUUCUUUAAGCUGUGUACAGUGGAAAUUGUCUUUCCUGUAUUUUUGUUCUCUGGUAAUGUAAUAAGCAUGAUGGUGCCUUCUCUUAAUACAUCAUUCCAGUCUUGCUGGUAAUUUUGUACAGUACAGUUUAUGAAUUGCCGUGCUGCAAAGCCAAACAGCUGCAAAAUGUUGAGGAAAUCAUUGAAGUGUAUAAAAAUUGCAGUAUCUUUAAAAUCAGUAAAACGGACACUUAUUUAUCUUGUUCUUCAGUUAACAGCUUUUGUAUUCUGUGGGAGGGGGUCUUGUGUUCAGAAGGGAGCGGGAAGGAGGAAGGUCGGUUCUUUGAGUCUCUAGUUGACUUUUCUCGGCUUGAAUGCUUGGAAAAGUCACUCAACUUGAUGUACAUUUUUAGUAACAUUUCAAAAGCAGUCAGAUUCCAUAAAUGGCAAGUAAACCUAGAGUGAGGAUACUGCAAUUUUCAGAGGAAAGAACAGCAGCUCUAUUAAGUGUUUGCAUUUUCUAUUUGGGGGGCAGGGAACUGUCAUUCAUUUUGCACAAUUCUUGAACCGAUGUUAGCACCUGAGUGAGUGGCUCCUGAAUUUAAGUCUGGGAUGACAUCUUUUUAUUUUUACAUGGAUCUCUGAAUAAUUCUGUGAGCAGAGUUUGUAGCUGCUGGGUUAUUGUAUUGUCUUUUUAGCAAGCUCAGUAAAACCCAAGUAUGGCAGAGAUGAUCCAGUUCUGUGCUUGGAGCAAUCAGUACCUAGGCAGUUUCUGAUGUUUCAGGCAAGAGGUGAGGAGAAUAAGUGUGACCACUGAAAGCUGCUUGUUAGCAUGGAAGACUUCUCCAUUCUGAGUAAAAACAAACAAAACGUGCCCUUGACGUAGUAGCAGAUUGGUUCUGAAUUAUGCAACUAUUUGCUGUUUAGUGAACUAGCAAAUGAUUGCAUGUGCUUUGCUUUUUACAAACUGGGCAAUAAAAGUAAAGUCAAAUCUGUUGUCUUUUUUUCACCCCUUUGAAUGCGGUCUUCCAUGUUUGAGGAAAAGUUUUGCACUAUUGCAUAUAUUUGGGGGACACUGAUUUUCAGUUUCCAUUUUUUGGGAGCUUAAGGAUUUGUAUUUGUUUGAGACAGUUUUAUGCUUUCUGAUGUAUAGUACUUGAAGUUCUUACCAGAAAAUUACUUUGGAAUCUUGAAGCCUUUAUCCAAACUACUUUUAAAUGAGUGGUUUUAUGUCAGUGUUUUUUCCUCCCAAGUGUAUUUUUCCUUUAUUCCUCUUUUUCCUUUAUAUAUACAUAAGUAAAUGUAUGUGUGUAUAUACACACACAUAUACAUGUUUCUAAUCCAGGAUAUUGUGCUGUAACCCAUGAAAACUAUUCUGGCACCAAAAGAAAUGACAAGUGUUAAGUGUAACAGAAAAUGAGAGCAAAAAGCCGUUCAGCUUCAGUCUCUACAUAUCGCAAAGGAAACAUGGAAACACCGUAUGGAGAAAUUUACACGGUGGUUGUUCAUCUGCAGUACUGUGGACUUUUAACACUUUGUCCCCUCUUCAGUGAAGCAGUAAAAAUAUUCAUCCACCAUUACUGUUAUUUGCUAAUUUUGUUUUAUUUUUCGAUGGUAAUGUUCUAUCCUUAUGACACUAUUGCAACCAAAUUGGCUUUACCAUCUUGGCUUUAGUAGGUAUAGAAGACAAUGGAUUACCAUCUCUGUUGCUGUAAUGUGUUAAGCAUUAUAUGCUAGUAGAAUCUAGUUUAAUUGUUUCAGGUGGAAAGCAUUCUUUUGAGUUUCCAUUUUUGAAUGUGUUUGGACUAAACAAUAAACUACUGAUGUCUGCAGCA